UUCACAAUGCUUACAAAACCCAUCCAUCAUUUUAGCUGUUGAUACAAAGAGAAGGGAAUGGCCGAGAUAACCCUAGAGCCGAGUGAUCUUAUGGCGCAAACAAACAAAAGAAUAGUGCCAAAGUUCACUGAAAUCUUCCCCGUGGAGGACGCGAACUACCCUUACAGCGCCUUCAUCGCGUCGGUCCGGAAAGACGUGAUCAAACACUGCACCGACCAUAAAGGGAUCUUCCAGCCCGUGCUGCCACCGGAGAAGAAGGUCCCGGAGCUAUGGUUCUACACAGAGCUCAAAACUAGGACCAGCUCCAUCACGCUCGCCAUACGCAUGGACAACCUGUACCUCGUGGGCUUCAGGACCCCGGGCGGGGUGUGGUGGGAGUUCGGCAAGGACGGCGACACCCACCUCCUCGGCGACAACCCCAGGUGGCUCGGCUUCGGCGGCAGGUACCAGGACCUCAUCGGCAACAAGGGUCUGGAGACCGUCACCAUGGGCCGCGCCGAAAUGACCAGGGCCGUCAACGACCUGGCGAAGAAGAAGAAGAUGGCGACACUGGAGGAGGAGGAGGUGCAGAUGCAGAUGCAGAUGCCGGAGGCCGCUGAUCUGGCGGCGGCGGCAGCGGCUGACCCACAGGCCGACACGAAGAGCAAGCUGGUGAAGCUGGUGGUCAUGGUGUGCGAGGGGCUGCGGUUCAACACCGUGUCCCGCACGGUGGACGCGGGGUUCAACAGCCAGCACGGGGUGACCUUGACCGUGACGCAGGGGAAGCAGGUGCAGAAGUGGGACAGGAUCUCCAAGGCGGCCUUCGAGUGGGCUGACCACCCCACCGCUGUGAUCCCCGACAUGCAGAAGCUUGGCAUCAAGGAUAAGAACGAAGCAGCGAGGAUCGUUGCGCUCGUUAAGAAUCAAACUACUGCCGCUGCCGCUACUGCUGCCAGUGCUGACAACGACGACGACGAGGCCUGAUCAAUGCAACGACACAUCAUGAUCUGCUGCUGCACUUAAUUACUAUGUUCGUAUACAAAUAAAUACACCCGGCGUACGCGGUGUUCCUUAUAUGGUCUAAAAUGUAGCCAGUAAAUUUUAAACUACUUUAUUUC